AUGGCGGCGCCCUGCGCGGAGAUGGAGCCGGCGGCGCCUCCGGCCUCUGCCCCCGCCGCUCCCGCGGCCGCGCCGGGCUCGGCCGGGCUCGUGUGCGCGCAGGGCCGCAACCUGCGGGCCGUGCUGUGCCAGCGCUGCGGCUCCCGGGUGCUGCUGCCCGGCGCCGCCACCUUCGCCCGCCGUGAGCUCCUCCUGCCCGCCAUGAGGAAGAAGGCGGCGGCGGCGGCGGCGGCGGGCGGCGGCGGGGACGUGCUGCGGGAGCACUGGCUGGUGCGCGACAUGUUCUCCUUCGAGAACGUGGGGUUCACCCGCGACGUGGGCAACGUCAAGUUCCUGGUGUGCGCCGACUGCGAGGCGGGGCCCAUCGGCUGGCACUGCCUGGACGACAAGGACAGCUUCUACGUGGCGCUGGAGCGCGUGGCCCACGAGUGACGCCGGCCCGGGCUGGGAGCCGGGCCCGGCCCUCGGGAGCCCCGAGAGCCCGGCCGGGGCCGGGCAGCCCUGGGACUGACCGCGGCUGGGCACCCCGAGCCCGGCCCGCCUGCCCCGCGGCCUGGCUGGCCACAGCUUGCCUGCUCCCCGGUGGUGUGACCGACCCACAGCUCCACUGCCACCCCGUUUCCCAGAUCCACAGGCUCAGCAGCGUCAGGAAUCGCAGCCCUGGCACAGCCGGCUCCUCACUGCACCCACGUGGGAAGAGUGUUGGUGGUGGGAGGGUCCCUGUACCCUGCAGGGACAGCUCACCCUGACGUCUUUGCCUCGUAGCCCAAUCUGCCCCAGUCUGGCUGCUCUGCCACUUCCCUGGUGGCUGCUGUUGCUCCGGGGGGCUGAGGUGUCUCUCGUGCUGGUGGCCCUGUGACACCGUGUGAACGGGGCACUGGGACAGGGCACUGCACUGACAGGACUGCUGCACUGAGUCGUCAUGGCAGCUGAAACUGUCCGACCUGCAGCCACACCAGUUCCAGGGCUUAAGGCUGAAUCUUCUGUUAAUUUUCAGAAGGAAUGUUCGCUGCCCCAAGCUCUAACAUUUCUGUUCUCCAAAACUUCAUCGCACCUGACAGCUGUGGCACCUGAAGUGAGUGUCAGGCAUUUCCAACUAACAUGUGCAGUCCUAUUAACUGAGUACUUGGGAACAAACACAGGUAGAAUGUGCAGACAGCAUAAGCUGAUAGAGCAGCAAACAAAGAAAAUGUGCCAGACCAUGGAGCUUUCAGGCAGCAAGAGUGAAGAGGUUCCAGCCUGAAAGGCACCUGAAUCAUUGGACAGGCAGUGCUGAAGCAUGUCAGAACAUAUGUGUAUGUGUGUGUGUGUGUGUGUUAAACAGUGAUGUCAGGAAGGAAUUUCUCUUCUGUAAAAGCUGGUGGUAAGAGUGAUCUGGGAUAUUGUGACGAGUUUUGGUUUCUGCCUUUUAAAAGCUGGGCACACAGCUAAUUAAAGAUGGAAGGAGGCUACAGCAGCCAUGGUUCUCCCUGCAUUUAUCACUGCUGGUAAUCGUGGCCCAGCUCAUUCUCCAUUGCUGAGCCCUGUGUGAGUUGUCCAGGGGUGCUUUGGGCUCCCUGGUGCUGUUCCUCUCUGUGGGACACAUCCCUGUCCUCUGCUCCUAAGCCUUUGGGUACUAACCCAGCUGGGCAGGCGUGCUGUCACCGUGCUGGGUGAUGGAUUUGUUGAGGUGGGGGGUAGGGUGCUGCCCCAAAGCUGUGGGAAGAACCUUUCCCUUGCCUUUCUAAUGAAACAGUUUUGCUGGCAGGGCUCUGUAGGGCAGGCAGAGCCUCGGAUGAGUCUCCCAGAAGAGGCAUCCUGACAGCAGGAGGGGCAGAAACAAGUCCCUCCUUCCUGCAGUGCUUGAGCACCUGCACUUCUAUGAUUUGGAGACACUGCCUCCAUUGUGGCCUGCUGUGUCAGGAACCCCUGCUGUGGGCAGUCAGGAUUUAUCAGGGAGGGAGAGAGGCAGAGCUGGGGGCUGAGGAGCAGGAGGCAAAUCCUGUGCUGUGUCCUUGCUAAAUGUGUCAGAUGGACAUUUGUCAUGGAAACUGCUUCUUCCCUCCUGUCCUUCCUGUCUCUUAGCCCUAAGCCCAAGGACUGCACAGGUUCACCAAGGAGAUGUGCCCCAAAGGACAGGAGAGCUUCACUUGGGUUCUGCACCCAUGGCAAAAUGGUGGGAUCACAUCACUAAUUUCACACUUUCAUUUGGAUUGUUGUCUCUUAGGAUAUGUGUUCUGACCUGAAAUACCCCAGUUACAGUCCAUGUUACUUAAAUCUGCUGCACUGCUCACACCUCAUUUUGGAGCCACUGUGCAGAACAGACUGUGGAAAUCAGCUUGACUAACACUGAGUAAAUGACCUCCAAGAAAUGGCACUUGUGGGUUCCUGAGCAGUGGGUGGCACUGGGAGGAGCUGGGGGUGGUGGCAGCUUUCCCAGUCAGUAGAACACCCCUGGAGAGAGAGAUGGGAGAGCUCAGGUCAAAUCCUUCACGUUGGAAUGGCAGCAGCUGAAAUCCACCUCAGCACAGCCCUCAGAGUGCUGGGAGCUCCUUCCUCGCUUCAUUGGGAGAGGGGAGCUGAGUCCUCCAUGGAUCCAGGUGUGCUUUCUGCUGGCUCUUAAAUUCUAAAUAGGAUCACAUAGGCUUGAAAUGCUAAGAAGAAAGGAACAGUGUGAUGGGAAUUCUUGGAAAGAAGCUUUUGUACCAUGAGAUCUUGGGUGUCAUUCAGCCUCAGGUAGGGUCUGGGUUCCUGCAGCGUGGAGAAGGCCAUGAGAAACACCCCUGCAGUGCUGGUGCCACAGAGACCUGGGGCAGGUGGUGGGACAGCUGUGCAGCCCAGCUCUCAGUCAGCACCUGGGCUAACUCAUGUUCCCAGAGGUGAUAGAGAAUUUCUGUC